AUGCUGAGCGUCUCAGCCGCGUCCAGUCGAUUACUUUGGACGCUGAAAUCCAUUUUGUCACCGACACCAAUACCGACACCGACACCGACACCGACACCGACACCGGCAUCGACACCGACACCGACACCGACUCCGACACCGGCACCGACUCCGACACCGACACCGACACCGACACUGACUUCGACACUGUUACUGUCGCCGUCGUCAUCGUCGUCGGUGUCGUCGUCGUCGUCGUCGUCGUCGUCGCUACCGUCGUUGGCCCCGUCGUCGGUGUCGUCGUUGUCGUCAGCUUUGUCGUCGCCGUCGUCGUCGACGUCGGGGCGGCCACCGUCGUUGUCAUCUUUGCCACUAUCUUUCUGGCCAUCAUCGACGUCCUCGCGGUCCUUGUUAUCGCCAUCGUCAUUAUCAUCAUUGUUGUUGUUGUUGUUCUCCUCGUUCGGAGGGCCCGCGUGGCCUGCUAAGAUGACCGCUCGUCUUCAUUCGUUGAGACAUCAAGAAAAGAAAUCGGCUGGCAACACUCAUAGACAUUAUCAUCAUCAUCAUCAUCAUCAGUCGCAACAUCAACAGAGCGUGCAUCAAGGACCGAGUCCGGCGGCCAGCCCUAGUCCCAGUCUCAGCCCAAGUCCUAAACUUUCGGACGGUCGUCGAGCUAACAAACCACUGAUGGAAAAACGACGGCGAGCCAGAAUCAACCAGUCGUUGGCGGCGCUGAAAGCGCUCAUCCUCGACAGCGCCCGGUUGGAGAACACGAAGCACAGCAAACUCGAGAAAGCUGACAUUUUAGAGUUAACGGUUCGACAUUUGCAGAGGCAACGAUCCCUCGCUCAGCCUGGUUUGUCAAGAUACAAGGCUGGCUAUCAAGAUUGCUCGAGAGAGGUGAGUCGGUAUCUCGACGCUCCGGACAUAAUCACGGGGAACACGACACCGAUAGAUCCCGCGACGAAACAAAGGCUACUGCGGCAUUUGGACAGUUGCGCGUCGGAAUUAGACUUGGAUCUGGGUUCGAGGCCGGACAGCGGAUUAGGCAGCAGUCCCGGAAGCGUGACGGAUCGAGCGACAGGUUCGGCAAGUCCCGGUCCGUUGGAGCAUCACGCGCCAUCGAGCGCACACCGUAGCACGAGCUCGAACCAUCCGGUCGGCUCGAUAAAAGCGGAAAUCCCGGACAGUAUCGAGCCGACUCGACCGGACAGCAGUACCACCGCCGGCGAUGAAAACAACAACAGCAACGGCAGUAGCAACGGCAACAGCCGGCCAACUUGCGCUUUCGGUCAAGCGAACCCGGCGACGAGUCUCGAUUCUCAUCGUCACGCACCUCCGCCGCCGCCGCCGCCGCCGCUGCCGCCGCCUCCUCCUGCCGGUAUAUCGGUCAUCGAUCAGGCGUCGACGAGUUCGCAACAAAACCCAAACAUGCUGUCGGUCGUGCAAGUGAUACCAUCCCGAUUGCCCGACGGUCAAGUAGUUUUUCUUCUUCCCAGUCAUUACGUUCAGCUGGCAGCCGCGGCUGCGGCGAACGGUAUCAGUAUCGGGCCGAAUCCACCGACGGCAAUAUGGGCCGCGACCAACAUGUCCUUUCUCAAAGCGACGGAUAAAUUGGCCGCGAAACGGCCGCACGAGGACACGAUCGCUCGGGAAUGGCAGGACGCGGCGACCGUUGCCGUGAACGCCGCUGCCGCUGCCGUUGCCGCUACCGUUGCCGCUGCCGCUACGUCCGGCAACGCUUCCGUUUCCGCUUCCAUUUCCGCUUCCGCCCCCGUUUCUACCUUUGCCGCGAAUGCCACGAUCGGUUCGGCCAAGCCGAGCAACAAGAGUCCGCGAGUCGAGCAGGAGCAACAGCAACAGCCGGAGCAACCGCUCGACUUUACAACUACCUCGAAGAGACCGAAAUCUAGCUCGAGAACCUCG